GAUGUUACAGGAACUACUGAUAAAACAGUGCGCAGGACUUAGUGGAUCAGUGAGGAUGACCUGCAUACUGCUGCACAGGAGAAACUUAGUACUGUGUGUAAAUACCAUAACUGAAAUAUAAAUUUCAUGAUAAGGGAUCUGUGUGAGUAAAAGCAUCUUAAUAAAUGAGAGCAUUUAUUUUUGGGAGUACAGCUGAGAUUUUUAAUUCAAAAUGAAGGCAUCAACAUGCUGUAACUCCUCAUGUGUUGGUUUCACGAACUUGCUCUGACAUGCCCAGAGUCUGUUUGAGAUGGCCAGCCCAGCCCUAGCAGGCAAGCUGCUUUGCUAGGGGACUUGGUGCUGGCUCAUUGUCUGGAUACUUAACUCAGCUUCUCAGGCAGGCUUUUACUGCUGCCUGGUGCUCUGGGCUGCUCUGAGGGAUGAAAUGCUAGUGCAGACUUGAAGUUAUGGUGAGUAUGUCCGCACGUACUAGGGUGUUGGACUUACCGUUACUUGAUUUGUACCUUAACUUUACGGAGAACUUGGCAGCUAAAGCCUUUGUGAAUUAACUUUCUUAUUUUUACAUAAUGAUACCAAGCAUAUUAUCUACCUGGAAAAACAAAGUAAAUUACUUCCAACUUUAAAAUGUACUUGAAUGAAAGAACUCUUCUUAUGCUAAAUAAGCCAUAAAGUUUGGCACCUUGACAGAAAUGAAAGCAGAAACCUUAUGAUUUUAAUUUUUGGUGUAGUUGCAUAGCAUCAACAGAAAGGCCUAACAAUGUCCCCUCUCCUCUGCAAACUUAGUUUUGCUAAACCUGGCCAUUCAAGAUAGAGUAUGGACACCCUUUCAGAGGCUGAGAUGUGGGCCACUGUCACUGUGUGGUGAGCAUUGCUAAAUGUCUGGCACUGCCACAUAAUUUAGCAUGAAGUUGUUCUUAGGGCCUGAGAUCUCAAGCAGGUGCCCCUGCUUCAUGUUCCUAAAGACUGCUUCACCUGCAGGGAGUCUGCUCUGGGUUUUUCUGUCUCUUUGGAAGCUGCUGUUAACCCUCCUGCCAAUUGAAUCAUUCACACCCACUGAACCUAGUUACAUACUGCUCCUUCCCUCACAGUGAUCUACUUGGCUUCCCUCUUUCUGUGCCCCUUUCCCCUGUGUUUUCAGUUCACUGUAUUAUGUAGACCUUAGUGCAAUGCUGUUGUAGCAGUGUCAGUGUCCCCUCACUGCAGUAGUUGCCUUCUCUGUAGGUCCUGUUAAAGCUUUACACUGGUGACCAUACAGCUAUGUAGAUGUUGGGUUUAUGCUGUGUAAGCCAGUCUGGAAGGAAAGCUUACCAUAGAACACACCACACCGACCACUGGGUUGAACUGAUUGGGUUUGCACUUGAAAUGCCAUACAUCCUCCUCCAUUGUGCUCUGGCUAGAAAGUUGUUGGGAAGUCUUCAUCAAGCCUUUUUUUUUCCCAAUGUUAACGCAUUUCAAGGAAGUGUAAUAGGGUUCAAGUUUCUGAUCCUGUCCCCUCUCUCUACCCCCUUCUGCAUGUUGCCAUUAAAUCUCUUAAAGCUGACUGAUGCUUGUUAAUAAUUUGCAGCUCUUGCUGCAGAAGACCCAUCUACCACAUGUUCUUUGGGUAGGUGGAUUCCUGCAUUUGUAAAGAGCUGUUGUGUGCCAAUUGGGUUUCAUUGCAUCUUUUUUAGUAUGAACUCAGUUGUGGGAUCUGAGCUUCUGUGAGCAGUGGCUCCAAAUAAAGCCCUUUGGAGUUUGCUGAGGCUUGAGAGAGGAUUGGAGGCCUGCUGUGGGCUUUCCUUUUUCUGCUGCUGGGAGCACACAGAACAUGCCCAAGAAAGGAGGGAAGCAUGCUGACAUGGAAAAAAAUGGGCCCGCACAGUGUAAACGAGCAAAGGUGGAAGCAGCUUGUUCUCCAUCAGUCAUGAGUUUUGAGAACCCAGACAGCCUCUUCGGAAGCUUGAUCUCUCCCAUCAAACAAGAGGUGUUUUUCAGGGAGUAUUGGGAGCAAAAGCCAUUGCUUGUUCAGAGAAACGAUCCCCUGCUGGCUGCCUACUACCAGUCCCUGUUCCAGUUGUCGGAUCUGAAGGAACUGUGCAGCCGGGGUCUGUACUAUGGGCGAGAUCUGAAUAUCUGCAGAUGUGUGAAUGGAAAAAAGAAAGUUUUAAAUAAAGAAGGCAAAGUGAAUUACAUGCAGCUGAAGAAGGAUUUUGACCAGAAAAAGGCAACGAUACAGUUUCAUCAGCCUCAGAGAUUUAAGGAGGAGCUGUGGAAGAUUCAGGAGAAGCUGGAAUGCUACUUUGGGUCUCUGGUUGGAUCAAAUGUUUACAUGACUCCCCAGGGGUCCCAGGGCCUUCCCCCACACUAUGAUGACGUUGAGGUGUUUAUCCUUCAGCUGGAAGGCGAGAAACACUGGCGACUCUAUAAACCAACGGUGCAUUUGGCUCGGGAAUAUAAUGUUGAAUCAGAAGACAGGAUUGGGAAUCCCACACAUGAAUUCAUAUUAAAGCCAGGUGACUUGCUGUACUUCCCAAGAGGGACUAUUCACCAAGCUGACACUCCUCCUGGGAUCUCCUAUUCUACACACGUCACCAUCAGUACCUACCAAAACAACUCUUGGGGAGAUUUCUUACUGGAUGCAAUUCCUGGCCUUGUGUUUGAUACAGCAAAAGAAGAUGUGGCUCUGCGGACAAGCAUACCAAGGAAGCUGCUUAUGCAGGUGGAUACAGCUGACUCGACAAAGAAGCUGAGCAGCCUUCUGCGCCGGCUUGCAGACCGCCUGGAAAACACCAGAGAGCUGAGGUCAUCUGACAUGAAGAAGGAUUUCAUUAUGAACCGGCUGCCACCUUGCUUGGGAUGCGACUCCAAUGCUUUGACUCCAGGUGGGAAAUUUCCAAAAAUUGAUAGCAAAAUCCGACUGCAGUUCAGAGAUCAUGCAAUCAUUACAGUGGAACCAGACCAAGAGAACUCUGAUGAAAUUUGCAGAGAGAUGGUUUACGUGUAUCAUUCUUUAAAGAACAGAAGAGAAACUCACAUGAUGGGGACUGAAGAUGACACAGCUAAUGAGGAAGGCACACCCCAGCAGGCUCAUGGACUGCGGUUUCCUUUGUCAUACUUGGACGCACUGAAGCAGAUUUGGCAUAGCAGCACUGUUAAUGUUAAAGAGCUUAACCUUGCCUCAGAUGAAGAGAAAGAAAACCUUGCCUUGUCACUAUGGACUGAAUGUCUAAUUGAAGUUAUUUGAUGCUUUUGUGAAUGAGCUGCUCCUGUAAGUAGUAGUUCUGGCCAUUAAGAAUCUCUUGAGAGAAGGGCUUAUUAAAUACUUUUUUUUAAUCCA